GGAGGAGGGAGGUAGGGUCGCGGAAGGGAGGAAGGGAGGGGAGGAAGGGUUUGAACGCGGGUUACUGCAGGCUCACACCCCGAUAUUUUCCCAUAUGCCUUUGCGAAAAUUCCUACCGAGAUGCAUUGUGGGGCAGGAGGAACGGCGGCUGUCGUGACGUCACACGGUGUUGAUUCUGAGCGUGUCUUCUCAAAAUGAUAAGAAACAAAAUCUCUCAGAGGCUGACUAGCGUAUUCUACUCGUUGUAACAACGCAUUUUAACAAUUACUGAAUGUUCCACUGCCAUCGAACAGCGUUAAAACCUUGAACUUGAUCCCGGCGUGGAAAUGUUUCGUUGUUUACCAUGGCGUUGUAAUCGCCAGGUCGAUUCUCUUGACCGAAGUCACUGCAGUCUUACUUUCGUUCCCGACGAAGUUUACCGCUAUGAUAGAUCCUUAGAGGAGCUGUUUCUCGAUGCUAAUCAAAUCAAGGAUCUUCCAAGGCCCUUCUUUCGUUUGUACAAUCUGCGGAGAUUAGGUUUAAGCGACAACGAGAUCGCCCGUUUACCUCCAGAAGUUGGUAACUUAGCGAACCUUCAGGAGUUUGAUAUCAGCAGGAAUGAUAUUUGCGAUAUCCCGGACAACAUAAAGUUCUGCAAGAGUCUUCUCACGUUAGAUCUCAGUGGCAAUCCGGUUUCGAAACUCCCAGAUGGCUUUGCACAGCUCAAGAAUCUUACAUCUCUUAGUCUUAAUGAUGUGUCUCUGAUCAGGUUGCCUCCAGACAUCGGAAGGUAAGCAUUUAAAUUUUUGAAUAUUUGAUCACAUUUAUCAACACCAGGAAGACUGAACAAUGAUAAGGUGCAGGGAUGUCAUUAAGUUUUAAUUCACCUGUAGCUUUGAUCUUCACAUCUGAAACAAAUUUGUUACUUUGUGGGCGAGGAGGCCUAAUCACGGUUUUCAACGUCAUCUUGGCGAGCAGGCAAAGUGGUCAGAAAUUACAGUGUUUGUAUGGGAAUCCGAUAACAAAUAACUUUUUUAGAUACAUGUAUUGAAUUUUGCACAACUUAUGAAACGCAACUUUGCCAUACUACAUGUAGGUAAGAGAUUGUAUUCACCAAAUAUGAAGGACGUAGCUGGGCUAGAAGACACUCAGCUAAUUUUUAGUUUCCCAUACAUUUGC